CAUCCAUUCGUUUUAAUUGUGAACCGCCGUGUACGCUUACUAUUACAAUGUUAUAAGGCCUACAUUACAGCAAUGAAAAAAACAACUACAAAUCAGUGGUCCCGAGCUUCAUAUAAAUUCUCAAACCGGGGCGGUGUUGUCGUGUGGGGCUGGGCGUGGGCUGCAACAGUCCGCACACUCAAAGCACAUUGUUCGCUGCUGUCUGACCUCACCACACACACACACCGACCUUAUGUUCAGAAGAAUUCGAAAAUAGAAGUGUCUUCCCGCGCCUGGUUGUCAGCUCGAAACUCUCCAUUUAUUACAAGCAAGCCUGAAUAACAACAUUACGGUGGAAGGAGAAUUAAAAUCCAGCUGGAACAUUUGCAACCAACUGAAUCACACCGACCCUGCUAGUGUCGUAAACCAUGACGGAGUAUAAGCUGGUGGUGGUGGGAGCUGGUGGCGUGGGCAAGAGCGCUCUCACCAUCCAGCUCAUUCAGAACCAUUUUGUGGACGAGUAUGACCCCACCAUCGAGGACUCGUACAGGAAGCAGGUGGUGAUCGAUGGAGAGACGUGUCUGCUGGACAUCUUGGACACAGCAGGUCAGGAGGAGUACAGUGCCAUGAGGGACCAGUACAUGAGGACAGGGGAGGGCUUCCUCUGCGUAUUCGCCAUCAACAACACCAAGUCUUUUGAAGACAUUCACCAGUACAGGGAACAGAUCAAGCGGGUGAAGGACUCUGAUGAUGUGCCCAUGGUGUUGGUGGGCAACAAGUGUGAUCUGCCGGCACGGACAGUGGACACGCGGCAGGCCCAGGAGCUGGCACGUAGCUACGGCAUCCCCUACAUCGAGACAUCGGCCAAGACCCGACAGGGGGUGGAAGAUGCUUUCUACACACUGGUCCGAGAGAUUCGACAACACAAGCUACGGAAGCUCAACCCUCCAGACGAAAGCGGACAAGACUGCCUGAGCUGCCGCUGUGUGGUGUCUUGAUGAAGCUAACCCACCAGGGGGGUGAGGAGUGGACCUACAAACAGCUCUGUGCCCACAGAAAGGACUGGAACAUGGAUGGAUUAAAAAAAAGAAUGGAAGCAACAUCGGUUUUGAAGCAAACCAACAAAAAAAGAAACCAGAGACUUGUCGCAAAGAGCAAGCAAAGGCAUGACGGGGACUGUGAAACACGGAGACUAGCUGAGAGAGGCAAGAGACCACCAUCCUCCUUAAAGGCUACCCCCCUCCCCUCCUUCUGGGUCCACGCCUGCCACACCAACACACCACUAAGGACUGUUUUUAUUUUUUUAUUUUCAUUGUCAUUUUAUUCCAGUGCGCUGAUACUGGGCAGCUCCAAGGAUUUCAACCUAAGUUAUUAAUGGUUUUGGAGUAAGAAAUGAAUGAACAAAAAAGCAAUGGAUAGAAAGGAAGGAAGGAAGAAAGAAAAAGUCUCAACACUGGUCUUAAAUGGACUGGGGGCUGCUUUUUUUGUUGCUUGACUCUGCGCUCUGCCCUAGCAUUGCAUUGCAUUGCAUUGCGAAAUGCAAACUCUGCGCCUUUUUGGCGUUGAGAGUGACUGGACUACAGUGACCUCACCCCAGGAUCCCCCGCCCCCCUCUCUCUCUCUCUGGUUCUCUUCAGGAAAAGGAAUCGCGUACACACCCAAAAAGCUUGCACAGGCCUGGGCCCCGACCGGCCGACAGGCAGGCAAGCUAGCCAGCCCGCCCAGCGGAAGACUAAAGCCUGAUGGUCAAAUUCCUAACAGGGGUCAUGACCCCUUCUGGACUGUCUUAGCCAUUAUGGAUUUGUUUUUUGUGCUUUACCUUACACAGUUAACAAGGUAACAUGUUUGUGUUGUUGUUGCUGUUGUUGUUGUUGGUAGUUUUUUAAUUGUUUUGUUUUGAUGGAAGUGACCGUGAUACACUUGCAAGGUUGAAGAAUCUGUGUGUGUGCAUCUGUGUGUGCGUGAGUGUAUGCGUGUGUGUCUGUUGGACAGAGACAGAUAGAGGGAGUAUUGUAUGUGGGCAAGUAUGCAAGUAAAUGGAUUUUUAGAGGUCUGCUUUCACCAGGACAAAACGUCUGACUGUCCCCAAUCUCCCAGGGUGCAGUGCAGUGGGCCAUUCUCACAUAACUUUGCGCUGAGGGGGCUAAUCUGAACGUGACUGUACUCACCCCCAUGCCCUUCAAGCAUACUCGAUGCCCUUGACAAAGUAACAGUUUUUUUCCCCCAACUAAAAUGGAAUAUUGACAUUAACCGUGUUGAGACAUGGGAAGCUUACAAAAAAAGUUAAUAUUUUAUUUAAAAAAUGAGUACUGCACAGAGCAACACUGUAUGCUGUAAAAGACACAAGAACAGAUGGUGUGGGUUUUUUUUUUAAAGAGCUGACUUGGAGCAUUUUGACUGACUCCAUUCUCCUUGCAGUUGUGACAUCAAGGGUGUGUCUGCUGUAAAAACAUGUCACCGUGUUACUAGUCUUGUCUGCAGGAUAAGCGAUUUUCUUUUCGUUUUUUCACAGCCAUGCUGAAACAAAUUUAUUCCAGAUCUCUCUGAA